GGGCGAAGGAAAAUAACCCACCCACCCGCAACCUAACUACAGCACCACGGUGCACCACGUCGGCCCCAGUGGGGGCGCACGCACCUGGGGCGUGCAGCCGUGGUUAAUUCUGGCAGCAUUGACACUUGAAACAGCAGCUUCGCAGUGAAUGCAAAAUGGUAUUGCUCGGGAGGGUGGGCGGUAAGUGCGCCGGAACAUGUGCCCGAAGACACCGCCGAGUGCGGCGAACAACAUGUUCUCGCAGCCGCCUUGCGUGGCGACCUUCCCGUACAAGAUCUUCCUGACCAUGAUCGUGGAGCCGCUGCUGCUGCCCACCCCGACUGGGCUGUCCCAGGCGCCAAGUUCUUGCGACGCUCGGACAUCAUCCAGAUCAGCGGCUGCAGCUGGUCACAUCAUAGCCUGGCGAAUGAAUGGGUUUGCACCGCAACGGAGCUUCAGCAUGGUGUUCUGCAUGAUGUUGCACGGGCCGUCCUGCCGCCUGGAGUGGCUGCUGCUGUUCCCCACGAUCUCCCCGAAGUACAUGCACGUGAUGUUGAUUUCGUCCACGCAUGGGGAACCUGCUGGGACUACGUACGCAAGGAAUGGCACGGAUCGGCUGCAGCAGCCCAUCCCUCACAACCCGAAGCAGCUCUGCAUGAUGAUGCACGCGCGCUUCUGCCGCCUGGUGUGGCUGCCGCUGCUCAUGAGGCCCCCGCGGCCACCCGCCAAUGUAGCCCUGAGCCCCCCGCGCGGCUCACCUCACCCCGCUCGUCCUUGUCGCCCUUCCCUCCUAUUCCUGCUUUCCCAGCUCUCCACCAGGAUCCUCGCGAUUUACAUGGCCCGAUGCUCCUCACGCUGGAAGUAGGCUGAGCGCGAGCUGCGGCGAGACCCGAGCAGACAUCUUGCCCUCGUCUCGCGUCUUGCCCGCUUGCCCUCGUCUCUUCCUCUUGGGAUACGGUCACUCCUCG